CUCUCGCCUUUCGCCAGAAGCCGUGACGAGACGCUUUUGUUCCGUUUCAGGUAUUGACAUGGGCAAGUAUUCUUAAAGUGGGGACUCGGCUUUCUGGAGGGGGCACCUGGACGACCAAUAACGCCCCAACCUAUGAUGUCAUCGGAGGAGGAGACAGAGUUUGGCUUGUACACAGAUAAGCUCUUGAAGAAAACUAAAAGAACCAGACAACGCGUGGACGCCGGCGAGCCGCGUAACUCGUACUCUUCGAUCCCGAACUUCAGUUCGCGUCCGAAUUUUCUUGGUAGCAGUGGAAAUUUAUACGGCGCCAUUUUCACCCAACACCAACAGUUCGGUCUCUUCGGACCGGGGUUUGCACCCGCAAAAAUGCUGAACGAGCUUCUGGCCCGCCAAAAGUCGGAGAGCGGAGGCGAAAGUGAGGACUCGGUGAUUCGGUGUGACGGCAGUCCUCCUUCGGGGGAGGCUCUCGCGCAUCACAUGCUGCGAGACAUCCUGCAGGGGCGCAAGCACGAGCUGCUCGCCCUUGAGCACGACAUGCGCAACGCCCAGGACCACAUCAUUAACAACAACAACAACGAUCCAAAGGUUAGUCCCGAGCGGAAUGAAGCUGCGGACGCCGCUGUCGCUAUGAAGGAGUGUCUAGCUGAAGCUGGAGUGGACAAUCGGCAGCAAGCCGAGCUGAUGGAGGACGCGAUUAAUGGAAUGGAAACCAACUCGCUGCCCUCGCCCAAAGUGGAGCCG